CUUCCUAGGCUAAGAGUGGAGAUGAGUGGUAAAGGUGAAAAUGGAGCCUCCACGGUGUGAGCAGAGGAUCACAAAGGUCUCUCUAGCUGAGAUUCUGAGGUGUUUUGAACAUCCUAUAAGUGAGGAGCAAGCCUGGGCUGUCUGCUUUCAGUGUUGCCGUAAAAUGGAGCAGUUGGCUCAGGGGCUGUGCUCACCGCUCCAUUCUGUAUUCAUAAAAGGUCCUGGAAGCAUCUUUAUCCAUGCUGAUGGUACUGGUUCGUUCAAGGUGUACCACAAGUCCGAUGUUGGCAGUGUUCAGCAGUCAGAGGACAAGCUGUUGGAGUACUUGGGAAUGGUGAUCUAUGAAGCCCUGGACUGGGGAAUCGACAGCCAAGUGGAGCGAGAACUGAGCGAUCCUUUGGAGAAACUGCUGUGCCUCAUGUUGAAACUGGAUGAUGAGGCAAUGAAACCAGUGGUCACUCUGCAGGAUGUUAUCAAGGCCUGCGAGGAGCACUUGUCCAGGCCUUCUGAGGCUAUCAGCCAUUAUGAAAAGACCUGUAGGAGUCUGUUUACUGAAUACAUGGAACUUCAGAAGCUUGUGACCAUCAUCCAGACCUCCAAAGAGAGUCUGAGGAAAAUGGAUGUGGAAGCUUUGGUGGAAAAUCCCCUUCAGAAGAAGGAAAAACACUGGGCAUCCCUGUGGCCCAGCAUCAUCCGUGAACUACAGAAUGGUGUGAGGCUGCGCAAGGCCACUGAGCGACCACAGUGUCACGUGUCUCCAAAAGAAUGUAUCCGCUCUCCCUAUGAAUUGCUUUUGGAUGAUAUUCAGCACAAGAGGUACACCCUUCGGAAGGUGCUGGAGAGGAAGCUGAAAGAGUGUGUGCCAUGCGAGUCCAGCUGGCAUGAACAGCUCAUGGCAGAAGUAAAACAACCACAGAACCUUCGAUCAGCAGCAGCAAGGGAAAAUGGGAGCAGACCCAAAGAAAUGCUUGUGACACCAAAUAUUGUCUUGAAAUCUCCAAGCGAUAGUUUCUUAGCUUUCCAAGACACCAGUACCAAGUUUAAAACUGUCAACACUACAACACAGCAGCUGGGACCAGGAGUUCAGAUCUGUUUCAGCUGCCAUAAGCAGAUGUUUCUGAAGUGGCCUUACAGCUGUUACCUCUGCAGCAGUGUUGUCUGCGCUGACUGCUGCAUCAAGAUGUCCAUGCCCUUCAGAACCUGUGUACAUCUCCCACUUCACUUCCUAAAACUUUUGAGACUCUCCCAAGAGGAGGACCCAGCUACUCAAGAACAGAAGAGCUCAGAGCUGCUGCAUGAAAUAGAGCACUGGGAGCGUUUUGGGUAA